CCGUUGAAGCAAGUACCAUGGGCCCUGCCCUUCUCUUCUUCCUUGUGCUUGCGGCAGUAGCACAGCUGCUCUUGGCGGCGCAGAACAAAACCUCGACGGUUUGGAUCAACAAUGACAUUUUCUUCGACGGCCCCGUCUACAUGCGCUACAUCGUCAGCAGUUCAGUACAGUCACAAACUUCCUUUGCCGCAGGGUUCUUUUGUGUCUCCCCCUCCUCCUCCCUGUCCACGUGCAACGACGAUUUCCUCUUUGCGGUAUCCAUUGUUGGUACUGGCGAUGGCGAAGUCGGUGUGGUCGACACUCAGCCACCAGCGGUUUGGUCUGCCAACCGGGAUCGCCCUGUUAGAGAGAAUGCCACCCUUGAGCUUACCACAGAUGGAAACUUAGUCCUCCGUGAUGUCGAUGGUAGCCACGUCUGGUCAAGCAACAGCUCCGGACAAUCUGUACAUGGCAUGAAGAUCACCGAGAUCGGCAAUCUGGUGUUGUUUGAUCACAGGAAUGCAACUGUGUGGCAAUCAUUUUAUCAUCCUACUGACACAAUGGUCCCCGGGCAGUCACUUGUUGAAGGUAUGAAUCUCAUAGCAACUACUUCUGCAACAAAUACUGGGAAUCAAUUCUAUAUCACUGUACGCCCGGAUGGAUUAUAUGCGUCUGUUGAAUCACAACUCUACUUUUCAUAUGCUACGAGCCAAAAAAAGACAGGAAAUGCUCCAACAAGGGUCACAUUGAUGAAUGGAGAACUCACAAUCUCUGGGAGGGAUGACUCUAUCCCACUGCCAGAGUCUAACUCCAGUCAGUACAUGAGAUUAGAGACAGAUGGACAUCUAAGGCUGUAUGAGUAUGCUUUGUCAGCUGCCCGUUGGUUUGUGGCGUAUGAUGUAAUGCAACUUGGUGACUGUGAUUACCCGACAGUUUGUGGAGAGUACGGUGUAUGCACCGCGGGGCAGUGCACAUGUCCGCUUGAGGAUAAUUCAAGUUCAAGCUACUUCAAACCGGUGGACGAAAGGAAACCAAAUCUUGGCUGCACACCGUUAACUCCAAUCUCUUGUCAAGAAAUACAACAUCAUCAGCUGUUGACCAUUCCCAGCCUUUCCUACUUUGAUUACAACCACCAGGUUGUGAAUGCAACAGACGUCGAUGAAUGCAAGCAAGCCUGCUUGAACAGCUGCUACUGUAUGGCUGUUUUGUUCAGAUAUGGACAGAGCGUUUCCCAUGGAGAAUGUGUGUGGCUGACCGAGGUCUUAUCUUUGAAGGCAAUACCACCUGGAACUAGUGGCUACUACUCCUCGAUUUACCUCAAGGUGCAACUUAGCCCCUCUAAUGAAAACAAAAAGAAGUUGAUGUUAGGUGCUACACUUGGAACUAUUACUACCCUUGUAUUGAUUGUCAUUGUUGUCACUCUUUUUCUACAAAGGAGGAUAAAGUAUGAAGACAAAGAUGAAGAAUUUGAUUUUGAUCAAUUGGCUAGAAUGCCGACGAGGUAUUCUUUCCAGAAGUUGACCGAAUGCACUGAAGGGUUCAGUAGGAAGCUCGGAGAAGGUGGGUUUGGGUCGGUUUUUAAAGGGAGAUUAGGUGAAAACAGAGUUGCAGUGAAGCGUCUGGAAGGUGCUAGACAAGGAAAGAAAGAAUUCUUGGCAGAAGUCCAGACCAUUGGCAGCAUUGAACACAUCAAUCUUGUUGGGCUGAUUGGCUUUUGUGUAGAGAAGUCCGAGAGGCUUCUUGUAUAUGAAUAUAUGUCAGGAGGGUCGCUUGAUAGGUGGAUCUAUUAUCGCCAUAACAAUGCCCCCCUCGAUUGGUGCACCCGAUGUAGGAUCAUUAUGGAUAUUGCUAAGGGCCUAUGCUAUCUUCACGAGGAGUGCAAGCGAAAAAUUGUUCAUUUGGACAUCAAGCCACAAAAUAUUCUCUUGGACAAUACCUUUAAUGCCAAAGUGGCAGAUUUUGGACUAUGUAAGUUAAUAAAUAGGGAUCAAAGCAAGGUAGUGACUAUGAUGAGAGGAACACCUGGAUAUCUGGCACCUGAAUGGUUGACGUCUGCGAUCACUGAAAAAGUGGAUGUCUACAGCUUUGGAGUUGUUAUAAUGGAAAUGAUAAGUGGAAGAAAAAACAUUGACAGCUCGCAGCCCGAGGAGGAUGUUCAUCUCAUAAAUAUGUUACGAGAAAAAGAGCAAACCAAUCAGUUGAUUGAUCUGAUCGACAAGCAUAGCGAAGAUAUGGUCUCACGCCAUGAGGAAGUAAUUCAAAUGAUGAAGCUUGCAGUGUGGUGCCUACAAAAUGAUUGCACUCGAAGGCCCUCCAUGUCAACAGUGAUCAAGGUAUUGGAAGGUGCAACACACAUAGAAACUUUUGAUGCAAAUUCAAUCAUGUUUGUUCAAGAGAGCCCAUCCACAAACUCAGAUCCGUCUCAUGCAUCCAUCUUGUCUGGCCCGAGGUGAAGGCUAAUGUGCAUAAGAAAUUUACCAUGUACAUUUUUGCUUUUGUAUCCUAUCAUAUUUGUGCAUUGGGAGUGUGUUUGGAAUGGCACCAAAGAAUAAUACCCAGCAAAUAUAUAUGUC